UGCAAGCUGAUUAUAGGCUGGGGCACAAGCCAAGGUUUGAGUGAGCCCAAGGGUGUUUCACAUUAAAAUGUGAAGCCUGACAGGAUCAGUGCGUCUAACUUAAGACAGCUUCUUGAUUAGCAUGAGACUGGGUGGCUGCCUUGUUUCCUGCCCUUCAAUAGCUAUUCACUGUUUUCAAGGCGGAGAACUGUUCAGCGGAGGAGCUGUGGCAACUUGAGCAGACUAUACACGGUUGACUCACUGAAAGCAAAUGUUUGGAUUAAUUUGCAGCCUCGCCUCCCAAGCCUGCAGGAGCUAGUGCAUUAGAGAGGAAUAUACCUAUAUCCCUUAAAACAAAUAACGACACGCACAAAAGAAACAACUGGCAAACUGCUGAAGGAGGGCAAAAGACAGAAGCAUCAGCCAUUAUGACCAUCUGUAUUUCCUGGAUUCUGCAAGAAUACAGUUGCUACUUCUUGUAGGUCAUAUGUGAUAGAUGUGUGAAUGAGACACAUGCACAUCCAGUGUGUAUGGAUAUGCUGUGGGUGCUGCUAACAGGAAGAUUGAUCGAAUGAUUACUGCAGCAAUGGUUUAGGCUGCUUCCAUGGAUUCUUGGCUUGGAUUCUGAUAGGUGAAGAAAAAUGACUUUCACUGUUAUCAAAGCAUCAUUCUAAUCCUGUGCCGUUGGAUAUUUGACCCUGCUUCCUACAGUUCCUGGGCGCUCUGUGUUUUGGGUCGAAACCAAAGGCAGUGGGGCUUUCCUAAUUUGUUUGGGUCUUUUUGUGUUCUGGCUCACACUUGACUAAGCACUCCUAUGCUGAAUCGAGCUAUUGUUUGGGAUCCCAGAGCUUUUCACGCUGCAGUCCCCUACCCCCUCACCCCCCUUGCCUGAGAAGCCACAUAAUGUGCCUUUCCUCCACAUGAAUCUGGAAGCUAUAAGCUGGACUGAUUGCAAAUGAAGUGUAAUGCAUUGUGGGACGUGUGUAAAAAUUGGAUCAUUCGAGGGGGGGAAAAAAAAGGAACAGACCUGCAGUUUGCUUCAUAGGAGAGGUAGUGGCAAAAUGUUUGCAGAUUCUACCCAAGCUGUGGCUGUGGUAGACUAAUGAAACGAAGCAUCGCAAGCACGCCGUGAGGCCUGACUCAUGCUACUGCUGCUGGAGGAUUAGACUGCAGGUAGCCUCAAAAUGAAGAAGACACGGAGUACAACCUUACGGCGAGCCUGGCCUAGUUCAGAUUUCUCUGACCGGGCCUCAGAUCGCAUGAGGUCCCGCAGUGAAAAGGACUACCGACUGCACAAACACUUCCCACCAGCUUUUAUUGCCCAGGCAUCACGGGGCUACAUGACAUCAGGUGAUGUAUCACCAAUCAAUAUGUCUCCCAUCAGUCAGUCACAGUUUAUUCCACUUGGGGAAAUCCUUUGCUUGGCCAUCUCGGCAAUGAACUCUGCGCGAAAACAAGUCACACAAGAAGCUCUAAUGGAACACCUAACAACCUGCUUCCCAGGCGUUCCAACUCCCAGUCCUGAAAUUCUUCGGCAUACCUUGAACAUGCUUGUACGAGAGAGGAAAAUAUAUCCAACUCCAGAUGGCUAUUUCAUCGUGACCCCACAGACUUAUUUUAUAACCCCAUCCCUCAUAAGAACUAACAGUAAAUGGUACCAUUUGGAUGAGAGGAUACCUGACAGGUCUCAGUGUACCUCUCCACAGCAAGGAACUAUAACUCCCUCCACUUCAGGCUGCGUCAGGGACCGAACUUUACCCAAAAACCACUGCGACUCUUGCCAUUGUUGCAGAGAAGACAUGCACAGCAUGCAUGCGUCCACCCUACAGAGGAAAUCCACAAAAGACUGUAAAGACUCAUAUUGCCCUCCUUCUCUGUGUCAGGUACCACCCACUGAAAAAAGUAAAAGUACUGUAAAUUUUUCUUAUAAAGCAGAGACACUCUCAAAGCCUAAAGAUGUAGAAAAGCAGUCUAAAAAGUUUGGACUAAAAUUGUUUCGGCUAAGCUUUAAAAAGGACAAGGCAAAACAGCUGGCCAAUUUCUCUGCCCAGUUUCCUCCUGAGGAAUGGCCCUUGAGGGAUGAAGACACCCCUACCACUAUACCCAGGGAGGUAGAAAUGGAGAUUAUUAGGCGCAUUAACCCAGACUUGACUGUGGAAAAUGUAAUGAGGCAUACUGCACUAAUGAAGAAACUUGAAGAAGAAAAAGCUCAAAGAAGCAAAGCUGGAUCUUCAGCUCACCAUAGUGGGCGAAGCAAAAAGAGUAGGAAUCACAGAAAGCCUCAUGGAAAAUCUCGGUCACACAGCAAGACCCGGGUGUCCAAAGGAGACCCUUCAGAUGGUUCCCAUUUGGAUAUACCAGGUGAAAGAGAGUAUGAGUUCUAUGAUCCCCUUACGAGGUCCCCACGGGAAGGCUGUUUCAUAAUAGAACACAAAGGAGAUAAUUUUAUCAUGCACAGCAAUCCUAGCGUGAUUGAGUCUCACUUUCCCAUGACACCAGAAUGGGAUGUAUCUGGUGAAUUGGCCAAAAGAAGAACUGAGAUGCCUUUUCCUGAACCUUCAAGGGGAAGCUCCCAUUCCAAGGUCCAUCGAAGCCACAGCCAUACACAAGAUAGAAGGUCAAGGAACGAGAGGUCUAACAAAGCCAAGGAAAGGUCUAGGUCGAUGGACAACUCUAAAGGACCUCUGGGUUCUGCUACUUUAGGUACACCUGAAGACGUAGCUGAAGGGUGUAGCCCCGAUGACCCAACAACUAGCCAAGCAUAUACUGAUGACAGUACCUUAAGGCCUUCACAGUCACUCAGUCAUCAAAGGGCUCUGAUUUCAUCUGCAAACUAUAAAGAUGUGUGUGUACCCGAAAUAGUUAGUGGCAAUGUAGAAACCCCCAAUUCCUGUGGCUUAUUGGAACAAAUCAAGCCUACAGAGAAUUUACCAUCUUAUAGUGAGCUCAACUCCUGCACAACAAAAUCAGCAAUUGAUGAUUAUUUUCAGUGCAACACUUCGAGUGAGACUGUACUUACUGCUCCAUCACCACUGGGGAAAAAUAAAGAGGACCAUGACACGGUGACUUUAACAGAAGGAAUAAAAAAACUUUCUCCCUCAGAAAGACAUUCCCAACACAUAGCCAGAGAACCUGGGGUACACAAAGAGGAGUCCCCUAAAGGGCCAAGUAGUGGUCCAGUUGUUGCUGGCCAGACCCCUGAGGUGAUCGCAAAUGGGCGACUGGUUCAACACCAUAACACUGAAUCAAGCAGCCUGGACAAAAGGAAAGAAAUAUUUAGCAAAGAUACACUUUUUAAACCUCUACACAAUACACUGUCUGUGAAUAACUAUCACAAGUCCAGUACGCCCCUACUAAAACCCCAUCAAAAGACACCCUCUGACACACUGCCAGGCAGAUGUGAGAAACUUGAACAAGCUAUAGUAACCUCAGUUACACAAGUUUUACCCGUUUCACAGAGACAGCAAGAGCCAGCUGGGAACCAGGAAGCCACCUUUGAUUAUUACAAUGUUUCUGAUGAUGAUGACUCAGAGGAAGGAACAAAUAAAAAUGCUGAGGAAGAAAAAAACAGGGAUGAUGUGGGCACUAUGCAGUGGCUGCUGGAGCGGGAAAAAGAAAGAGAUCUGCAAAGAAAGUUUGAGAAGAAUCUCACUCUUCUCACCCCCAAGGAAACUGAAAACAGCAGCAGCCAGAGAGCCACCCAUUCAGCUCGACUGGACAGCAUGGACAGCAGCAGCAUUACUGUAGACAGCGGGUUCAAUUCUCCACGUACUCGCGAGAGCUUGGCUUCCAACACUUCAAGUAUUGUUGAAAGUAACAGACGUCAGAACCCAGCCCUGAGUCCUGCACAUGGUGGCGCAGGUCCAAUGUUCAACUUCCGAGCAAUUGCAGACCCUCCAACAAGUGAAGCUGAAAAACUACAGAAACCUGCCAACUGCCUACAAGCUUCUGUUACUAGUGUUUGAUAGUCCUUCUGCCUCAGCUCUUCUGUCUCAUCCUAUACAGCAAAGUUUACGACACUGGGACUGAUGUUUACAUCUUUGGAAAAAACGAGCAUCUCAUUCACAGUUUUGGUGUUUACUUAAACUGUGCUGCUAUGUAGGGACAACAAAGAAAUCUUGUAUUUCAAGGUAUUGCUUUCCACAUCUGCAGCUCUGUAGCAACAGAAUAGCAGUAGGAAUAAUAUGUACACCUUUGCUUCACUUAAUUGUAACUGAGCACAUAUAUGAAAGUCUAGACACUGUAAGUGUAAUCUGCAUUUUCAAUGUCCAUGCAGUUGCCAACUCCAUUUAAAAAUGCCACAGAUGCGUGAUGCCCCCUGUGAGUGGUUAAACUCGGACAGAGUUGAUCAUUUUAUUUCAAAAAUUGAGCCACCACUAAAAAUAAACAGCUAGGUCACCUUGAGGGAAAACAAAGCCAAACAUGACUAGUAAAGACCUCAGCUCUAUCUGUGAAUUAUUUAUACAUCAGUCAUUUUCACUGUGAGUUUUCAUGACACGAUUUUGCAGGAAUCUAUAAAAGCAAGUCAAAAGAGGGCAUGUUUUAAGUAUGUGGGGUGGGUAAGGGAGAAUUGCUGUAUUUUAUUUUUUUGUUUCAAAAGUAUUUGAGAUGCUUGUCUAAAACUUACUAUGUUAACCUUCCAUAAUUGCAAACAGAGUUGAAGGCCUUUGAAUCCAGGUGAAAGGAGGGGAAGUCUAACUAUGGUUGAGGCAAAGCAAAUAGUGACAGAAAAGGCGUAACAGGUUUUUUUUUAGUAUAAAUCAAAUGUUUAAGGAAGGUGAUCUCAUUGGUGUGGCACGUCUGAUAUUCCAACGUGCUGUUAAUAUAAAAAUCAGAAUAACAAAUUUAUUUGAACAAAAGAGAAGUUCUUUGUGAUACAAAUGACAAGCAUGGCCUGAAGAGCUGAUUUCUUUCUAAUGGAAGGACAUAAUUCUAUUUUAUAUAGCUUUUAAGUAGAGUGCCUAAAUUAGGCUGUUGAAAAUAGCGUGCAUUGUAGUGGUUAUCAAAGGAGAAAUUUAGAGAAUUAUAAACUUCAGGCCUUUUAGUCAAUGGGCGUUAUUUACAAUUCAACAUUUUAUGGACAUGAAUAGCUUUUAAAAUUAUAUAUGAUUUGAAAUUAAAUGUGUUCAUAUGGUUGAUCGAGAAAUCCUAAUUCUGCAGGCGUGGUGUAUCUUAUUUGUACUCCCUUAAAUUGUUAUUCCAAAGUAAUUUAUGCUAAAUUGAUUACUCCAGAGUAACUCUUACAGAUAGGCAAACUCCACAAGUAAUUUUUAGGUAUAAAGGGCCAAGUUCGGCUCUGUCACACAUGCAAACAUUUACUGCAGCAAACUGUCUCCAAAAGUGCCCACAUUUGCUAUUUUAUCAGAACUGGAAGAAAAACGAAAACAUUAAGAAGGAUGUUCAGCAAGGUAAAUACUUACAUUGCCUUUUAUUGGUACCCAAGAUAUUACACCCAACAGCACAUAUUAAAAACCAACAUUUUCUUCAGUUUCUGGUGACAUGUAUAACUUGUAUAAACCAUUUGAGCUUCACUCAUGUUCUGUAUUGUCAUCAGAAUUCUUUAGUAAAGAUAUAGCUGUAUAUUACACAGUUGGAUAUAGCUUACAUAUUUAUGAAAUGGCUUUAUAACUCUGGACACAAUUGGUUUCUGAUUCUGUCAGGUAUAUCAUACAGAACCUAUGUCUAUAAUGCACACAUCUAACUGUUUUCCUUAUUUUUAUGCCUACAUUCCAUUUCAUAAGAGCAAUAAGACCUUUCAGUGCAUAUAAGGGAAAUCAUUGUGCUUCUUGGUUGGUUAAAGUCACUUGGCCCUUAGCCUCCUGCCUUAUCAUGCCUUCCAAGCCAUGCUAUCAUGACCCAAUAAUACUUUGCCUGUCCCAUCUUAUUGCUUAAAUAUGUAACUUCAGGAUUGCUUAUUACAUGCAGACUUGAGUCUUUUUUGUGAGGCGUCGUUAUAUAUGAUACAGUGGCUGACUGUGAUUUUUGUUUCUGAGAUAUGCUCUGAUGUUAGCAGUAUGUAUCAAUUCAGUAAAUAAAAAUGUUUGAACAAUAUCUUAACUUAUAGCUGAUUAUCUGAAAGUACAAAUUGCAGUAUUAAAAUGUGAACAGAAAAGACAAACUUUACCUUUUUGGGGAAAACAUUUUCUUUGUUAUAAACUUACUAAAAUUUAUACAGGUAGUUGACUGUACAGAAGACAUCUUUCCAGAAAAAUAUCAUAGUAUCUACUUAAAAACUGUAUAGUUUCUGAUUUCUGAAAGUUCCCAUAGACCAGCAGACAAAAUAAAAUGUCAUAUUAAUGUUAACAUGGCAUACUACUGGUAUUAAUGUGACUCUCAGAAUAUGGAAUGUAAGCAGAAGUUUCAAAUAGAAACAUUCUUAUCUUGAAUUU